ACUGGUCUUUUAAAACUUAAAACCGAAAAAAUAAAAAAAAGUAAUCUAAAAUGAUGUCCUGGAAGUUGUGUCUGCUUCUUGUCGUGGUCAUCGCGCUGGUCGAGUGUAAAUCCGGCAAAAAGAGCUACAAGAAAUCCAGCCAAAGAAGCAACAGCAAGAGAGAGAUGUACAAAAGACAGACUACAUGUGGCCCCAACCAGUUCCACUGUACCAACGGCCAGUGUAUUCAAGAUGACUGGCACUGUGAUACAGACAGAGACUGUUUUGAUGGAUCUGACGAGCUUGCCUGUGCUACUGACUGUACUGGCGAGCACCAGCUGAAGUGUAACAACGGCAAGUGUAUCAGCAGGGAGUUCCUGUGCGACGGCGACGAUGACUGUGGAGACAUGACAGACGAGACAGAUUGCCACAAACAGGAGUGCACUGCUGGAGAGCUCCACUGCGACAACUUCCUGUGUAUCGAGUCUGUCUGGCUGUGUGAUGGUGAUGACGACUGUGGUGACAACUGGGAUGAAAGAAAUUGCACUGGAUCCUGCUCCUCCUCACAGUUCAAAUGUGCCGACGGCUCCAAAUGUAUCGACGCCAGGUGGGAGUGUGAUGGAGACUUGGACUGCAGAGAUGGAAGUGACGAGAAGUCUUGCACAUGUGAUGCCACCAGCCAGUUCAAGUGCUCCAAUGGUCUGUGUAUUCCCAUCACUUGGAAAUGCGACAAAGACAACGACUGCGGUGACGCUUCAGAUGAACUGGGAUGUCCCACCCUGCACCCAAGCCUUUGCGCUGACAUGUUGACCGCUCGAGACUGUGCCCUGAUGAACGAGACCGUCCAUCCCAUCUGCCUGGACGCCGUAGAUGGACACAAGUACUGUAGGAAGUACUGCAACCUCUGCAUGAUUGACCCCAGUGUCACUCACCCAUAAACCUCGUACUUAAUGAGUGUGGAUCUCAUUGGUCGACAUUGUCACGUGUUGAAUUUUUUUUUUUAUUAUCCAUAAAAUUUUGUACUAUGCAAUUCAUAAAUUCAUUUCUCAUGAGGCUAUUUUUUUUAGCUAAAUAAAGAUUCCUUGUAUUUCA